AUGGAUUGCCAAUUCAAAAUUAACAGCUCAAAAGCCCCUCUGGAAGCAUGCUGUGAGAAAGAGCUGAAUCUUGAGCCUGCCGUCUCUAUGAGGCAAGGCGAAGUCGACUCUGAUGUGGAGAGAUUUGGCAAACUCCAUCGAACCUUGACUCCGCGCUUGAUUCACGUGAUAUCCUUGGGCUCCAAUGUAGGAAGUGGACUUUUCAUAGCCACGGGAAAGGCCCUCGCUGAUGGGGGCCCCGGUAGCAUGUUCUUGGGCUAUCUGGUGGUAUGCAUCGGCGUGUGGGCCAACCUCCAGACAUUGACGGAGAUGACGAUCACCUUUCCCACCUCAGGCAAUUAUAUUGAUUAUGCCGAUCGAUGGGUUGAUCCAGCAUUGGCUUUUGGCGCUGGUUUGGCAGAAUGGCUGGGAUGGACAUCAGUCUUUGCGUCCGAAGCAACCUUUUUCGUCCUUCUCGUCGACUUUUGGGCUGGAGGGGCCAUUCCAGAGGCAGCUUUACUCACUAUCUUCCUGGUCAUCUGCCUAGUGGUCUUUUUGAUGCCAAACAAGUAUUUCGGUUGGCUGCAAUACUUUGGCUCCCUCGUCAAGGUGUUCCUAUUUGUCUUUCUUACAAUAUUGUCCCUGGCCAUCAUUGGUGGUGCUGGCCCAUCUGGAUAUGUGCGGGAUGGGAGCACUUGGACCGACUUGCCUGCCUUCAAAAACGGUUUCGGGGGAUUUUCCAACGCUGCCCUACUUGCUCUCUGGGCCAUCGGCGACCAGGUGUUUAUUGGGGUCAUGGGUGGCGAAGCUGAGUCCCCCCGCUACUCCAUGGCACACUCGGCCAAUCUAAUCCCAUGGCGAGUAGCGGUUCUCUACCUGGUUUCUGUUGUUCUCGUCUCUCUUAUUGUCCCGUCAAACGACCCCCGUCUGUUAGGAGGCUCGAGCACGACCACGUCCCCCUUCGUUAUUGCAGUCGAGGAUGCAGGAAUCAAGGGCAUCCCUGACCUUAUCAACGCCUGUUUGAUUAUUGGCAUCCUGGCCAUUGCUCUCGAAUGCAUAUUCCUACCAUCUCGAAUCCUUCGCACCAUGGCGCUCCAAAAGCUGUUACCCUCUUUUGUGGCCAAUGUCGACGAAAAAGGUCGCCCGAGGUGGGCACUUAUCAUUACAGCCAUUACGGCCAUUGUCUUGACCUACAUGAGCUUGAGCGCCGGCGGCCUGGAGGUGCUAAAUUGGCUAAUCGCCAUCACAAGCGCCUCCUUCUUCACCAACUGGGCCAUCAUCGCCUUCACCUCCUUUCACUUCCGAGCCGCCAUCAAGGCACAAAACAGCGCAGUCCUCACAUGCCCGUACGGAUGGCAAUCAUACUACUGGCCACUUGCCCCAGUGACCGUUCUCAUUAUCACGAGCCUACUAUUAGUCUGCAUUCUCUAUCUAAGCAUUGCUCCCAUUGGAGCUGGUUUCUCUCUCUAUAACUUCUUCUCCUACAUGAUCGGAAUAACACUGAUCAUUGUCGCGACCGCCUUGUACAAAAUUAUUCUCCGCACGCCCUGGCGCGACCCCGCCACUGCAGACCUGGUAACGGGCCGUGCCGAGCUGACCGCAAAAGAAAUCCGGCAGCUCGACGCGUACUACGAGCGGCCAGCGUGGCGGCGGAUAGGGACGUAUAUGCGGCUAUGGUAG